CUUGAUACUUUCCCAUUUCCAGAUGAAAAAUACUCUUUCACGCUUCCUCCCCUAUACCGCAGUAUUUAAACAGAAUCGCUGUUCUGCUUGCAUUGCUCUACAACAUUCAGUGUGGGGGGGGGAAAAAGAAUAGUUAUCUCUGACUUGUCUCUGUGUUUGACAGUCUAGUUUGGCUUUAUUAACUUGCUAUUACUUAAUUCUUAAAAUGUUUAUUAGCAUCUUGCUCAACUUGUGAUUUCAGCAGUGUUAGUCAUCGGUUUGAAUUCUCAGGACAGGCAAACAGGUGUAUCUGGUAGGAUGAGCAGAAGUGGAAAAGCUUGCUCCUAAAUAUAGCAGGGAGAACUUUGGUAAUAUCUGUGUGAUGAUCCAUACAGCAGUUGACAAACACCUUCAGGCUUUUUUCUCCUGAGGUAAAACCCAACAAAGCUCCCAAGUCAAACUGUGCCUCCAAAGCCUAAUUAGCCUGGGUUAUGGCAGUCUUUGUAGUUUCUGGUCACAUUAACUGUAUCAGCUUGUAGACAUCACAGCCAGCCCAGCGAGCCUCUGGCUAGAGUGAGAUUAUAUAGUGUAGGUUCUUAUGAUAGCAGGUUUCCAGACUCAACCCCACAGGUCUCUUCUGUGCACAUGGGUGUGGGCUGUCAGAGGCCUGUCUUCAGCUCCUCUGCUGCCAGAGUGUUGCUGUUCGGGCUGAAACUUUUCACAGCAGCUAUCUGCUCCAGGGGAAACGGGAGGAGAAGGAGGAAUGAAGCAAAAAGAAAAGAAUGUUGGCUCAGGAUCGGAUCAACUGUGUGUCCAUGCAUAAAGCUACUUGGGAAGGGCGUAGAAAAAGCAGUGGAACUCUUAGAAUGUUUCAUUUGUACUUAGCAGCCCCUCUACAACCACAGAUUGUCUGGUGUGUGCAAGGUGUAGCUUCUGAAACCUCCGAUACUUCGUCUGAAUUUGACCCUGACCUGGUCUUGAAGUGUGUUGAGUCUUCAGUCUGUUUAUUGCGCAUCUUCAUGUUGAACAUGAGCCUUGUUAUGAUCAGUGAGAAUGUAAAGCUGGCCCGUGAAUAUGCCUUACUGGGAAAUUACGACUCUGCAAUGGUCUACUACCAGGGAGUUCUUGACCAAAUGAAUAAGUAUCUCUACUCUGUCAGAGAUACCUAUCUGCAACAAAAAUGGCAACAGGUUUGGCAGGAGAUAAGUGUGGAAGCUAAGCAUGUGAAAGAUAUAAUGAAAACACUAGAGAGUUUUAAACUAGACAGUACUCCAUUGAAAGCUUCACAACAAGAAUUACCAGCUCAUGAGGCAGAAGUCUGGUCUUUGCCAGUACCUGCUGAACGUAGGCCUUCGCCAGGACCCAGAAAACGUCAGUCUGUUCCGUGCAGUGAUUGCAGAGGUCAGAAUAAUCGUGUGAGUGCAGCAGUCAGAGGCCCUCACCGUCCUUCCUCUCGAAAUCCCAAUGAUAAAGGAAAGGCCGUCCGCAGCCGGGAAAAAAAGGAUCAGCAAAAUAAAGGAAAAGAGGAGAAGAACAAAUCUGCAUCAGAGAUUUCAGAGGCUGAGCCAAAGAAAUUUGAUAGUACUGGAUAUGAUAAAGAUUUAGUGGAAGCUUUGGAAAGAGAUAUAAUUUCUCAGAAUCCCAACAUUCGAUGGGAUGACAUUGCUGAUUUAGUAGAAGCCAAAAAGCUGCUUAAGGAAGCUGUAGUUUUACCCAUGUGGAUGCCGGAGUUUUUUAAGGGAAUUAGAAGACCAUGGAAGGGUGUGCUGAUGGUUGGUCCUCCUGGUACUGGAAAGACCCUCCUGGCAAAAGCUGUAGCGACUGAAUGCAAGACUACUUUUUUCAAUGUUUCUUCUUCCACACUUACCUCAAAAUACAGAGGAGAGUCUGAGAAACUUGUUCGUCUGUUGUUUGAAAUGGCUCGAUUUUAUGCCCCAACAACUAUAUUUAUUGAUGAGAUAGACUCUAUCUGUAGUCGCAGGGGAACUUCAGAGGAGCAUGAAGCUAGCCGACGUGUGAAGGCAGAGCUGCUAGUUCAAAUGGAUGGUGUUGGAGGGGCCACUGAAAAUGAUGAUCCUUCCAAGAUGGUCAUGGUACUUGCUGCUACUAAUUUCCCUUGGGAUAUUGAUGAAGCCCUAAGACGGAGACUAGAAAAGAGAAUUUACAUUCCUUUACCAUCAGCAAAAGGUAGAGAGGAACUCCUAAGAAUAAAUCUACAAGAGCUGGAACUGGCCGAUGAUGUUGACCUUGCAAAUAUAGCUGAGAAAAUGGAGGGUUAUUCAGGUGCAGACAUUACCAACGUAUGCAGAGAUGCAUCCCUGAUGGCUAUGAGAAGGCGCAUUGAAGGCUUGACACCAGAAGAAAUCAGAAAUCUUUCCCGAGAUGAUAUGCACAUGCCAACAACUAUGGAAGACUUUGAAAUAGCUUUGAAGAAAGUUUCUAAAUCUGUAUCUGCUGCGGACAUUGAGAAAUACGAGAAAUGGAUAGUUGAAUUUGGAUCAUGCUGAGUUGUCUUAUCUCGAAGAAGCCACCUUACGUCUUAAAACAGCUUUAGAAGUAAUACAUAGUGUGUCGGUGCACUGCCUGCUCUUUUUAACUUUUGUAAUUUAAGAGCAACAGAUGUCUAAAUAAAUUUUUUUUUAAAAUGCAAA